AUGAACGAGAGCCAAUAUGCCGGUCUUACCGGAACACUUUUCAAGCUUUUUGAUGUUGACACCGUGGAUGUAAUCGAUCGGCUUAAAUUGGCCAUGAACCCACUCAAUAGCCGGGAAUAUAUCACCUCUACGCUCGAAGGCUCAGCUGGAAGCGUCUUGGGUACCAAGUGGCCUGAUCUUCAUGGUCCCGUUUGGGUGUUUUACACCACCUUGCUUGUUCUGUUUAUUGCAACGACGUCAGGUUGGUUGUUCCACAAUGCCGAUAUAUCCUAUUAUCUGAGCAGAUCUGGUGACUUGUUACCUGGAUCAUUCGCAAUGGCACUGUUUCAAUUCGGUGCACCGGCACUGCUGUGGACCGGCAUCCAGUUUAUGAAUUUGUCGCCUCAGUUGACGCUAGCCCAGACCCUGAGCCUGUUUGGCUACGCGAAUGCGGUGUGGAUCCCUAUUGUAAUUAUUUCAAGCAUCAUUCCGCAUGUAUCCAGCAACCAGGUUGUGAACCUUUCCGUUGGCUGGGCUGUUGCUGUGAUUGGAACCAUCUGGUCGUCGGUUUUCGUCGUAAGAAAUAUCAAGCGGGCCCUCCAAUUAGCCGUCGAGGGCACAAACGGUGGCCAGCUCAAGGCCUCUUUCUCGCUAGGAUUUGCCGUGUUGAUCCAGUUCGUUGUUGGUGCUCUUGUUCAAACAACAGUUCACGACACGGUCUCUUCCUAA